AUUUGUAUAGACUGUACCUGGUAUGACUGAAUGACAUGGAAACAUCUAAGACUAUAUCCCAUACAAAAGAGUGAGAUGGCCAGGAGAUACGUCAACAACAUUUCCAAUUUUUGAUGGCAAGAUGAGAAAAUAAUCAGUGAUUCAACAGCUAGACAUUGCCAUUGACCAGGAUGACAGAGUAAACUGGUUUUGUGCUGGAGUCUUGCCUGUGUGCAUCUCAUUUCCAUACCCAUCACUCGGUGCUUCCUGUAAAGUAUUUUGUAGAAGAAUGCAUUCUUCAAAGAAUAAAAAUGUGGAAAAGCCAGAACCAUUUUAUAGACCUUCAGCACCUAAGCAGAAGACCAGUGCUGAGAUAAUAAAUGAAGCACGAAAUGCACUAAGGACUUUAAGAACUCAGAGGCCAUUUACACCUAGAGAGGACCAAAGGAAACUUUUUGGAUCUGCUUCUUCACGAACACCAGAAAAUAGACCACCUUCCACUUUUAGUCUCCAUGCUUCCAGUUUUGAAUCAGGCGAAUCAAGAUCGGUGUCUGGUACACGUCUCAGCCCACUGGACCAUAAGCCAAAACUACUUUCAUCACCUAUAAAAGAUGAAGAUUCUUCCAUUUCCUUCCCGAAGCCUCCAGUGGACCCAAUGGAGGUUAGGAAAGUCAGCAGUGCCCGGGCUCGCUUAUGUAGAACAGCUUCUCAGGGAAAUCUCCUUCCAGAUAAAAUACUUCUUCCUGAUGAGAAUAAGGAGGGGGUAAAUUCUGAAGAACCAGCUACCAUGGAUGACCUUUCAAGAAGAAGUAAUAAAAGUUGUUUAGCAGAACUAAGUCCACACUCCAAUUUUAAGGAUGAUGAUGAUAUUCCACUAAUUUACAAUGAGCGUAAUAAGGCAGAGGAUCAAGACUUCUUAAAAGUGGCAGUAGCAACAUCUCCAUUGCAAUUCAGAAGUGGAAGUGACCAAAUUAAAAACGGUGACAGGGCUUCAUCAAAUCCAAGCAGCACUGGCUGGAAUAAAUCAGGAAGCAAAGCAGGCUCAGAGAAUGACUCAAGAGUAAAUGAAACUGAAGAGGAAGAAAACUACUGGAAUGUAAAGAUUGUACCAAUUGUGUAUGAAUUAGAGAAUGAAAACAAUAUAGAAAACCUCUGCCUUGCCUGCACCAGUCUCCAUCAAGCCUUGGAAGAAGGAAAUAUGUUUGGAAAGAGAUUUAAAAGAAGAACUGCGCUUCUGAAGAUAUUAUAUAAACUAGUUGACAUUGGUUCAGACCCACUUGGCCUGAAACUGGCAAGAAUGAUUCUGGCUCUGAAAGUAAGUGGAAAGAAUCUGCUCAAUGUCUGCAAGCUUGUAUUUAAAAUUAGUAGAAAUGAGAAAAAUGAUUCGCUCAUUCAAAAUAAUAGUCUAUUGGAUUCUUUGUUGGAGAUCCUGAGAUUUGAAGAUCUACAAACAAACAAUGAGGCUUUUCUCUAUUGCUUGGGAGCAAUAAAAUUCAUUUCUGGAAAUGCAGUACUCCUUAAUGAACUGGUUAACAAAGGAGCUGUUGAAAUAUUCUUUCAGUUAAUGAAGCAGAUUAAUAAUAUUAAAGAAAAUGACACAUGUUUCUCCAACUUGGGCCACCUAUUAGUCCAGCUGACAGCUACUUUGCGAAACUUGGUUGAUUUACCUCUUUCAAGAUGCCAGCUCCUGUGUAGUGGUGCAGUUUCAGCGCUCUGGGUGGUGCUGGAGCAGCGUAUGAAUGAUAAGGAUAUAUGUACCAAUAUUGUCAGGAUAUUCAGCAAACUUUCUUCCUACAAUGACUGCUGUGCAGCUCUGGCAGCCUGCUCCAGAUGUUAUGUCUUAUUUUUAGCCCUUCUAAACAAACACCAAAAGAAGCAGGAUUUAGUUGUCCGUGUUGUUUUCAUUCUUGGCAAUUUAACAGCGAAGAACAAUCAGGCCCGUGAACAAUUUUUUAAAGAGAAAGGAAGUGCUGACACCCUGAUAUCAUUAUUCCAAACCUACAAUGAAUUUGAUUUGAAUACAAAAAAAGAGAAACAUGAAGGAGAAGAAAAUAAAUCAAAACAAAAGCAUCCUUCAGAAGCAGAAGAUGUCCUUAUAAAACUGAUAAGAGUGCUCGCCAAUCUCUCCAUUCAUCCUAGUGUAGGUGCUGUUCUGGCAGCUAACCAUCACAUUGUGGCAUUGCUUGUUACGGUGCUAGAAUACAAGUCAAUUGAUGACUGUGAGGAGCUGGUGAUCAACGCUGCCGCAACAAUCAACAAUUUAUCCUACUACAAAGUGAGGAAUUCUGUAAUUGAAGACCAGAAGCUACGCAUUGCAGAGUUACUUCUAAAGCUGCUAAUGAGCAGCAAUAUGGAUGGAAUUCUGGAGGCUGUUAGAGUCUUUGGCAAUCUUUCCCAAUACCUUGAAAUCUGUGACUUCAUCAUACAAAGGAAGGUAUACAAGUUCAUGAUUGCUUUGCUCGAUGCCAAACAUCAAGAUGUCUGCUUUUCUGCCUGUGGAGUUCUGCUAAAUCUUACUGUGGAUAAGAACAAACGGGCUAUACUAAAGGAAGAAGGAGGAAUUAAGAAGUUAGUUGAUUGUUUAAGAGACUUUGGGCCUACAGACUGGCAGUUGGCUUGCUUGAUAUGCAAAACGCUGUGGAACUAUAGUGAAAAUAUCACAAGUGCUGCAUCAUGCUUUGAAGAAGAAGAUAUCAAUACGCUCCUAGUGCUGCUUGCAUCAUUUUUAGAUGUGCCCUUGAAGAUCCACUCCCCCACACCAGCGGAGCGCCUCUGUCAGGUAAGAUGGAGAACCAGAAGGAGUAAAGAGGAUACGUUUCACGAAGAGCUGCAGUCAACAGAUACAGCACAUAGUGAAACCAGAGCAAGGAGGGAAACAAUGAAAGUCUCAGGCUGGAUAGCCUGGAAAGGAGGGGCAAGAGCGGAUGAGAAAGCUGCUGGAGGACCAGACAGAGAUGCUCAGGUGCCUCACCAAGCUGCAGUCUGAGCACAUCCAUGCAUGACUCUCCCUGCAGCCAAUACAGAACUUGGUUCCAUGCCCUCCCCAAACUCCCCCCACCACAUUCCUCGCAUGUUCCCAGUCCCUUGCAGUACCCUGUGCACUCUGUCCUAGGGAUUGGUUUCACAAUUGAAGCUGGAGUUACACACAGCUGAGAGAGCCAUAAUUGAGACUGUUCCUCAUUACCAUGUCCCAUUUGACAAAAAUGUUUGUGUUUUGUCCGAUUAUUGAACUUUAGUCUUUGAAAUAAAAUGAGUCUUUAUUUGUGUUAUACACGUUAGUUGGUGCUAACAUUCAAACACAGUGAUUAUAGGCAGGAAUAUUUGCUCAGUACAAUUAACGCUCAGGAAGUAAGCACUACAAGGGUUAUUCAAGGUAGCAAGAAAACAUUGCAUGGCCGAAUGCAUCACAAAGAUGCAUUACUGGGAAUAAUUGUCAAAAUGCUCCUUUAAAGCCUCCCUAAUUUGAAUAGCCUCCCUGCUGUGCCCCUCUAAUUGCCCUGGUAUCUGGCUGCUCAAAAUCAGCAGCCAGAUCUAUCCCAAUGCUCUACCUUGGGGAAACUUUUCCCUCUUCGCUUUGCAAAUGUUAUCCAGGGCACAGCAGGCUGCUACGACCAUUGGAAUAUUUUCCUCAUUGAGGUCUAACCUGCCAAAAAGGCAGCACCAGCAACCUUUUAACUGGCCAAAGGCACAUUUAAUGGUCAUUCGGCACCUGCUGAGCCUGUUGUUGAAGUGCUCCUUGCUGCUGUCUAGGUUCCUGGUGUAAGGCUUCAUGAGCCACAGGAGCAAAGAGUAGGGGUCUCCCAGGAUCACUAUGGGCAUUUAUGCAUCCCCCAUUAGAAUCUUCUGGUCUGGAAAAAAAGUUCCAGCAUGCAGCUCUCUAUACAGUCCAGUGUGCACCAUGCAUCUUCCCUGACCACCCCUAAUUGAUUUCAGUGAAGUGGCCCCAGUGAUCCACCAGUGCCUGCAAGACUAUGGAGAAGUAGCCCUUUUAGUUGAUGUUCUCUGAUGCAAGAUGGUCUGGGGCCAAAAUUGGGUUAUGCAUUCCAUCUAUUGCCUCACCACAGUUAGCUUUGAGGCAAUGGAAUUCCCUAUCAAGUAUUUCCUGCACAUUACCGAGAGUCACAGUCCUUCGUAGCAGGAGGCGCUUAAUGGCCCUGCACCCUUGCACCACGGCAGCGCCCACGGUGGAUUUUCCAACCCCAAACUGUUUCAUGACUGACCAGUAGCAGUCUGGAGUCGCCAGCUUCCACACAGCAAUCAAAAUUAGCUUUUUCCACAGUGAGGGCAGCUCUGUCUGGUGUCCUUGCAUCGCAGUGUUGGGGCAAGCUUCGCAUACAGGUCCAGAAAGGUGGAUUUACACAUCCAAAAGUUCUGCAGCCACCGUUAGUCAUCCCACACGUGCAUCAUGAUGCAAUCUCACCACUCAGUGUUUGUUUCCUGAGCCCAGUAUCAACAGUCCACUGUGUGCAGCUGGUCCAUGAAUGCCAGCAGCAACCAUGAAUUAUUUCUUUCAGAUGAACACAGAUGGGUAAGCACCACUGGUUCAUUUUCUGAUUCACAGGUCAUGAAAUACUGCAGGACCAGCCACAUUGUGUUCAUAACACUCAUCCCCAGACUGGUCAGCAGUUCAGGAUCCAUGCUUUCCGGCAGAGAUGACAGGCGUACAGUUAACAAGAACUGUUGAAAGACAGCGCAAAAUGAAGUCAGAAACCCAUGGAAUGAUGGGAUGGAAAGAAUUGCCUCAUUGGACAGUGAGCACUGUGAUCUGUUCCCAGAGCUCCCAGUGGCAGUGUGGCAAGUUGCACAGUGGGAUACAAUACAUCACUCUCUCUGUCAGUGCAAGAGCACUGACUGUGGACGUGCUCCGCUGACAUAAGGAGUCUUGUAUGGAUGUGCACAACCAAUGUAAUUAAAGCGGCAUAUGAUCAUCCACAUAACUUAAGUUGCCUUAACUCUGUAGUGUAGACAUUGCCUAACGACCUUGCUGCUUGCAGAGCUGAGUGUUAAGUCAUGUGACUUACAUGCGACUUGCUGUGCCAACGUGAUUGCAGAAUUAAGUGGUAACUGAGUGCUCUGACUUGCUCUACCACAUUAAAUAUAGAAUCGAAUGUUCUUAAUUAAGUUUUCUCUCUUUGCUUUCUCUCAUGUGGUUAGCUAAAGGUAAACAAAUGUUUUAGCAGUUGCUCUAAUUUAUUGUUGCCAGUUUAAUGUAACAUUAAAUACUGAGGGUUAUUAAGCAUUGGAACAAAUUACCAACAGAAGUGGUGGAUUCUCCUUUUCUUAGAUAUGUUCAAAUAAAGACUGGAUGCCUUUCUGGAAGAUAUUGGAUACAAUACAGAAGUAACUGGGUCAAAUUACACAGAAGUUCAGAUGACAUGAUCUAAUGAUCCAGUCUGGCCUUAAAACUUGUGAAUCUAUGCAUUUUCAUACUUAAAACAUGUAUGGAUUUUCUGUUAAAUGUAACCUUAACUCUGAA